GGUGCCCGCCCUGCUGGCCCCUGCCGCCUCGCAGCUGUUGCCGCCGCCUCGGGGGAGUCCCAGCGGCCCGUGAAGGGGAGGGGCCGCGCGCGCAAAGGAGAGAUGCUGCAGGCGUCGAAGUAAGAAAAAGCAGCCGCGCCCGGCGGAACGCUCCUCGGAAGCCCUUUGGAGCCCGACGCUGCCCGCCCAGCCACCAUGGAGGACGCAGAAAAUGAUACGGGCUGGGAGGACAUCGAUGGCAACACAUCAUGCAAAAGUUUAGUAGACAUGGAGCACUACCUGCAUUACUCGCUUGUUCCAUCCGUCAUCAUCAUUCUGGUGCUCUCCUGCCUCGAAAAGCGAUUAAGAAGAUGGAGGUUCGAUGGAAAACUCUAUGGACGCUGUGGGGUCACAAUACCUUUUGAUUUUGUUUCGAUGUUCAGCAAUCGAUGGUCGUUCGGUUUUGCAUUUGGAGCGACUGCUGACAAACUGAUGUUCCUGUUUACACAAGACUUCCCUCAACCAGAAAUGCCUAGCUUUGCUAGAGUCUUUUGGGUUAUGCUCAUUGCCAUCGAAGUGGGCCUCUCCUCAUAUCCUUUCUUCGCCUGCCUUUCGACAAAUUACCAGAAAACUGGAAGCAUGCUCGGAUUCCUUUACACCUUGAGCUGGAUUGCAGUCAUGCUCAUAGAUGUUGUGCAGUGUCCUCAUGGAGACGAUAGUGUGUUCCAGGAAUAUGAAAGUAUAGUUAUGUUCUGGCCUUCGUUCCUGUGCGAGUUUUUCUUGCUAGGCCGAUUUCUACAAAUCUUUAUGACAUCAUUAAAAUUUUGGCAUGGGCGGGCCAUUCUGCAGGAGGAGCCUACUUUCCUGGAGCAGCAUCAAAUUCAGCAUGUCCAUCGACUGAUGAAGAAGCCGCCACCACAGCCACCUGAGAAAUCCUGGAUUCAAAAGAAGUUGUACGAAUGGGAUCCGUACUUUAAGUUCCCAAGCCGAAUGAUUAGCACGUCGGUGGUUGUCCUCAUCUGCCUUUACAUGUUUGUUAUGCUUGAGAUAAUUGGUUAUAAGGUUAUUGCAAAACUUGCCGAUCUCUUUCUGGAUGUUGUUGCUGCUUUCAACCUCUCCGAAGAAUACAGCUCAUGGUUCGAUGCAAUUAAAGAAUUUGUUAAAGUUGCUAAAGGUGCCUGGAUAGCCACCACUGUUACUUCCUCUCUGACAUGUAUCACUUACGUGUUCCAUAUCUUAACCUGCUACAGAAAACACAUGAAGCGAUUGCGGGUUGGCAAGAAGCAGUUCCUUAUGUCAGACAUUACUAGCGUUUCACAUUCUCUAAGUGUGGUAGCACUGGCAAGAUACAGUUCUUGGCAAAUUGCAUACACAGCAUGGGGAUAUUUUAUCAUGCAUCUGGUGCAGUGGCUGGCUGUGAUGAUUUUCAUGUAUGUUCUGGUUCUACCCAUGAUACAUGGUCAGUGGAUGGAACUGCUUGACAAGUGGGGAAUGACAGUCCUCACUAUUGUCCUCGUCAUGUUGAUCAAGCGGCUUCAGUUUCUGAUGGCAGAAAGAUUCUUUCUUCAGCCCAAGAUUUCUCCAGAAGACAAGCAAAAGCCAUUGGCGCUCGAUAACAGAAAGGCAUUCCAGAACUUCACCUACUUCUUGUUCUUCUACACUGUGGUGGUAGGCCUGAUUUCCUGUCUGAUGAGGUUGUUGCGUAGCAUGGCUUUGGGAUCCUGGCUAAUUGGACGUAUAGACAGGCCGGUCAUGCCCAAAGGUUACGAAACCUGUGAUAUGGGGUUCAAGACAUGGGUUGGUAUGCUGCUCAUGGAUCAUUACCACACAAAUCCUUGCCUCGUUUACUUCUGCCACAUUCUUGUUACCGCAAGCAGAGGAAAAGAGUUUCAGAAAGCUACACACAUUGCUGGGAGUGAGCUGAUGGGAACAGAUUGUAGGGUGUCGGCCAGAGCCAGGACACGAUGGCUGCUGCUGUACACACUGCUGAACAAUCCCAGUCUUACAAAACUCAGGAAGCCAAAAUCAGGGCCUCUGUGUCUGGAUUUCCCUGUAAAGUUUUCUGUCUGAUGAGCUCUGCUCCUGAAAUGGUGCUGUAGAAGUCCACGUAACAGACACUCUGUCAAACUAUGAAUUGUGAUUGAAACAAGGCCUGCAGGGAACCCAACCUGUAUGUCACUACGAGAGGGAAGACUGGGAUGUCCAAGUGAUACCAGCAGAAGCCCCCAACCUUGUUGAGCCUCUGAUUGCUUUUGGAAUUUUGAGAACACAAGUUGAACACCAUGACAAAAUGGCUGCCCUUGGGUGAUACAGUGAACCACCAAAUAACUACCAUGGAAACUACGUCCAAUGACAAAAUGUUGGGAGAAAGUGUUUUCCUAUGCUGGGGGCAGAUAUUUUCUGAAUGGAUGCAUCCUGCAGA